AAACGUGGUAUAUUUUGGGUGUGUAAUGGCGAAUUUAUGAGAGAAAGAGACAGUGUGACUGUGUCAGAUCGCGAUAUCACGUUGUCUCUUUCUAUGCAAAGAUUUGUUUCUACAAUGAAACAAAACAGUUGUCACUGCGCACUUGUAGUGGAAGGUGCUCUCAAAUUUCAGCGAAAACGUGACAUUACGACGAUAUCACUGUUUGGUUGCAAAGAUAAGGACACAACGUUAAGCUUAGGGGAUGCAAGGUCAAAUACAGAGGAAACAAAGUUAAAUGUGGAUGAUGCAGCAAAAAAUCGUCAUCGUUGUGAUUCUACGAGCAGCAGUGGUAGUUCUUCGAGUGACUCAUCAUCAUCAUCGAGUAGCUCAACAAAUACAUUUUUUUAUGAAGGUACCUAAAUUUCAUCGGUGUUUUCAAUUUUUAUAGUAAUUUACCGAAUUAUAUUUACAUUCAAACCGUAAUUCAUUUUGUAUAC